CGGGACCAUCGCCGGAGAUAAACAAUCACAACCAUGGACAGAGAUUUGAACCUGAAACGGGCCGAGACCUUCUCCUUCGUCAACCCCUGGAUCAGAUACUUCCUGUUCUUCUUCAGCUUCUUGUUUUGGGUUUUCUCAUUGUUGAUUAUCGCCAUUGGGGUUUAUGCAAAAAUCCAGAAAGCAACAGACACAGUACGGGACGCGUUUCUCAUCGACCCGGCUGUGAUCCUGAUCGUGGUGGGCGUGGUCAUGUUCUUCAUCACCUUCUGCGGCUGCAUCGGAGCGCUCAGAGAGAACAUACGCCUCCUCAAGACCUUCUCUUUUAGUCUCACACUCGUCUUCGUCACUCAGCUGGUGAUCGCGGUUCUUGGCUUCUUCUACUCUGAUCAGACCAGAGACGCACUGGGUGAGUUUGUGAAGAAGGCCAUUGUGCACUACCGCGAUGACCUGGAUCUGCAGAACCUGAUGGAUUACAUCCAAAAAGAGUUCAAAUGCUGCGGAUGGAACGACUACAAAGACUGGUCCUGGAACCUCUACUUUAAUUGCACACCGGAGAACCCGAGCUCCGAGAGAUGCGGCGUUCCAUAUUCCUGCUGCACGCCCGUACCGGGAGAGGCUGUGAUCAACACCAUGUGCGGCUUCGGGGUCCAGACGCAGAAGUUCGUGGAGGCCAAUAAGUCCAUCUACCCAGUGGGCUGUGCGGACCGAGCCGUGCUGUGGAUGGAGACGCACCUGCUGCUGGUGGGAGCGCUCGCCCUGGGCCUGGCUCUGCCCCAGAUCGCCGGCAUCGUUCUGUCCCAGAUCCUCAUCUCCCAGAUCCAAGACGAGAUCAGCUCCGUGUUGUGAGCGAGGAGCCACAUGGAGAAAAUGAACUCUGAGGACCGGACUCAUGAAAGGACACGGAGGGCGGAGGCGGCGGUCCAGAGCGGUCUCGUUUACUUGGUUUGAACAAGAUGAACAGAUGGUAUUUUUACAUGAAACUAUGAAAAAGGAAAAUCUGUAACUGGACAAAACGUUGUAGGAGUGAAGACGUUUGUCUGCUCGUCCAAGCCGCGGCUUGGACGAGCAGACAAACGUCUUCACUCCUACGAGACGUUUCUUCUUCAGUUCUGGUCAGAUUCCUCCUGGACACUGCCUUAUAUCUGUCUGAAGGAGGCGCUAACGACACUGAAGCUAACACACCUGUUUGUUUAUAGUUUCUGUUUGUUUAUUUGUGCCUGAGUCGUACUUAGCAUAGUCAUACAAGCCCCUAAUGAGUGAUUUCACACCUGUUAGCAUCCAGGCUAGGCCUAUUGUUCUCUUUGUUUUGCUUUGUGUCUGAGGAUGGAGUUAUAGAUGAGGGAAAGAUGAUGUUCAAUGUCAUUUUUGUUCAAAGAUGGAUUGUGUUUCCUUCUUUAACUCUCCUCUCUGAAACUAUUUCUUUUCUCUGGCUAAAAUCUGAGCCUCACUCUCUUUAAAGUUGUGGUUAGUGUUUUUGAAAUGGAGAUGAACAGCAGACUGGGGUCCUGAGCUGCUCUUGCGACGGUGUUUCAGUGUCGUUAGCUCCUCCUUCAGAAAAAUAUAAGGCAGUGUCCAGCAGUAAACUGACCAGAACUGAAGAAGAGGCUUGGACGAGCAGCUAAACGUCUUCAGUCUAAAACAUUUUGUUGAGUUACAGAUUUAACUUAGUCGAGUCGUC